CUAAAGCCGAUUACAGGAACCAAAGUCUUUUAAUUCGCUCUCAGCCAAUCGCAAUCGACUUCGAUGCCUUUCCUGCCCCGACUACACCCCUGCCGAUCCCAAAGAUACCAAAUUCACCUCUUGCGCACAUGCCUUCGCGCACACCACCCCCACCUCCAAAGUCCGUGCCUCUGCCUCCACCUCCUUCUGAAAAACCAACGACUUCUGUCGCGGUAAUGUCUAAUUCUUUGCGACCACCACCAAGACCACGUUCUGUAUCUCAUCUGGCGCUUAGCAAACCACCUUCAGAGAGCCUUCCUCCUGUACCAGUUCUUCUCCACUCUAAUGACAACCUUCAUACUUCCAGUACCCCCACCAGCCCCAUAUCUCCAACCACUCCACCUUACUUCGCUUCCUUUUCACAGUAUAGAUACGGUAAUUCCUCCCCAACCUUACUUCCGUCCAACAACAACAGUAUCCGUUCAUCUAGCGUUGGGCCUGUCCAAGGCACGGUCAAAAGUAAUAAGCCCCUUCCUCCCCGUAAAAUGUCUAAUCCGAUCUCAUCCAGUGGACACGCAAUUCGUGUCCCGAAGGAAGGUAAUCGCGGUCGACUUUUAUCUGUAUCCUCUGUUUCCUCGGUAGGAACCUACUUAGAUAGAGGAAGAGAGAGAGAUAGAGAAGAUCUAGUCGAUAAUAGGGCUGAAAAGCAAGGCAGCAAAGGAAAGAUAAAUACACCAAGGCAAGCAACGGAUAAUGAGGACGAUCGUAAGGUGGCAAGCACAACAGCGACCCAUCACCAUAGCAUAGAAGACCUCCCACCGAGGCCUGUGGGCCUUGUGGCGACGUGUUAUUAUGGUAUAGAAUCGAGUAUGCGAUGGCGAGAGGGCAUUGAUCCGAUCCAGAAGCGAUUUGCGUCUUCUAAUGGCUCUUGGCGAUGUCAAGAUCGUUUUGCAGUCUUUUUCAGACCUGGGGAUCAGAUUGGUCCUGACCAGGUCGUCACAAAGACCUUUUGGAGCGAAGCUUGGCCUUAUCCCAUCGAGACAAUCCUGUAUGGUACCACAGGCGCUUUUAAUGCGUUCUCAUCAUUGGCCGUAGAUCCUAAUGCCCAUGCUAUUGAACAACAGAGACGUGAACAUGAGCGCGAACGAAAGCGCAUGGACCAUCACGAAGGGGGCAAUGAGUCAGAUCAACAGCUGUCAUCAAGACUGAAAGGAGGCCUCCGUUUGACAUCGUCGUCUGAAACGUCUUUGAAGACAGCCGCAUCUUUCCCACCAACGGCUCGGAGUCGAGACCCGCGAUAUAUUACAUCGGAGGGUGUACAGAAGAUUGCCAAAGUUACGAUUCCCAUGCCUGAUGUCGCUAUUGACCAAGUGGACCUGGUCAAGGCUCCUAUUAAGGUUGAGCUUCGAAUUUUUAUCCUCGAGUCGCCUCUCCGUGUCCAUGCCUCGGCCUUUCUCCUUGGUCGGACAGUGACAGGGACAGCAGAGCUCUAUGUGUAAAUUUUUACCCCACAUCGUCAGAUAUUUUCCCAUUUCCCAUUUUUCAUUUUUCCCUUGUCCAUAGCAUAUUUUAUCAUUCCACAUCCCACAUCCCACAUUGCAAAUAUUCCUGUAAAU